ACUGUUCCAUUACGGAGGUUUCUAUUAUCUCCAGGUACCUGGCCCGCUCAAGUUGACGUCUCUUACAGUACCUCACCCGGUUGGGCAGACUGUCCACUGAAGUAAUAAAAACUUGCUACAAUCGCAUCUCCGCCACAGUUCGAACCGGUAAUUUAGGUACUUGGAUGGGCAGUCUGUUGGUCAUUUCAUUUAUACCUCAAACUAGCUGCCGCAUUUCGACCAAGUCAUAAUGUCCAAACAGCCCCUCAAAGCAGCCAUCUUGGUUGUCUCAACAACGGCAGCUCACAAUCCUUCAACCGACGCAACCACUGCUAUACUCCAGGAUGUUUUUGACAAAGAUGGGGCCGGGCAAUGGACUGUCGUUCAGGCAGGCAUCGUUACCGACUCUAUUUCUGACAUUCAACGACAAGUGAUGUCAUGGACCGACACAGCCGACGCUGUUAACCUGAUUCUCACAACUGGAGGGACUGGCUUUGCUGUAGAGGAUCAUACUCCCGAGGCCGUCGGUCCGCUGUUGCACAAGCAAGCUCCUGGACUUGUCCAUGGCAUGAUCGCAGCGUCACUAAACGUUACUCCCUUUGCAAUGAUGUCCAGGCCUGUGGCCGGAGUUCGAAAUGGGACCAUCAUCGUGACACUUCCAGGCUCUCCAAAGGGGGCCAAAGAGAAUCUUCAAGCCGUUAUUAAACUCCUGCCACAUGCUUGUGUUCAAGCAUCCGGGGCCAACUCGCGUCAACUGCACUCUGGAGGAGUGGAAAAGUUGGAGCAAGAGGCUGGAGUUUUGGCCGCUGAAAGCCAGUCAAGAGGCUCCUCGUACCAUCAUCAUCAUCAUCACCACCACCAUCAUGGACACGACAACCUAGUUCGGCACACAAAACCAGACUCUAGCCCAAUGUCGAAUGAUCCCAACCUGGGACCAACUCGUCGACAUCGCGAAUCACCAUAUCCAAUGCUUUCGGUCGACGAAGCCCUAAACGCCAUUAAAACGCAGACCCCAACCCCCACCAUUGAGACGCGCAAGGUCAACAGUGGCCUCGUGGGUGCAGUGCUAGCCGAGGACGUGAAAGCAAAGGAGAAUGUGCCGGCUUUCAGAGCCAGCAUUGUGGACGGGUAUGCUGUCGUCGUGCCCAAGGAUGGCAACAUGCGUGGCGUUUUCCCUGUGGUCUCGGUCUCGCAUGCCUCUCCAGGAGAAGUCCCUCCUCUGAAGGAGGGUGAAAUCGCCAGGAUCACGACCGGAGCGCCUCUUCCGCCAGGAGCGACCGCAGUGAUCAUGGUCGAGGACACUCUCCUGAAGACUAAAACAGACGAUGGCAACGAGGAGAAGGAGGUAGAAGUUCUAGCAGAGGGCGUCAAUGAUGGUGAAAAUAUCAGGGAGGUGGGGAGCGACAUAGAACGAGGCACUGUCGUGCUACGCAAGUACGAGCAAGUUUCGGCUGCUGGAGGAGAGAUAGGCUCGCUCGCUGCCGUUGGAGUCGACGAGGUGCAAGUAUUUCGCCGUCCAACCAUUGCCGUCUUGUCGACUGGUGAUGAGAUUGUUCAACAUGACCGGCCAGGAGAGCUACGGUUGGGCGAAGUUCGCGACACGAACCGACCGACCCUUAUCGCGGCCGCCAGACAUUGGGGCUACGAGGUCAUUGACAUGGGCAUCGAAACGGACAAGCCCGGACGUCUCGAGGAGACGUUGAGGAGCGCCCUGAGACAAGCCGAUGUCGUCAUUACCACGGGCGGUGUAUCUAUGGGUGAGCUCGAUCUGCUCAAGCCGACUAUUGAGCGUUCUCUCGGCGGUACCAUCCAUUUCGGCCGCGUCUCUAUGAAGCCUGGGAAACCAACCACCUUCGCCACAGUCCCUGUCAAGGACAACUCGGGCGAGCGGGCCCAAAAGGUCAUCUUUUCGCUUCCGGGGAACCCUGCCUCGGCUCUUGUGACUUUUCAUAUAUUUGUCCUGCCAUCACUGCACCGUCUCUCUGGGCUACAAGCAGUUGGGCUGCCCAAGAUCCCCGUGACGUUGGCGCAUGAUUUCCCGCUGGACAAAACACGGCCAGAGUACCACCGUGCUGUCGUCUCUGUUGGGGCUGAUGGCUUGCUCUCGGCGAAUAGUACUGGCGGGCAAAGGAGUUCCAAGGUCGGAAGCUUGAAGGGUGCCAACGCGCUCCUAUGUCUCCCCAACGGGGCUGGGCCGAUGAAGAAGGGUGAGCAGGCAGUUGCUUUAUUAAUGGGCGCCAUUCACGGAAACAACUGAUUCUUCACCUGCAAUGACUGGGAGCCCGGCCAAUAGAUAACGUCAUUUUGUACAGGCGCAGACUGUAUCGUGUCUACUUUUAACGUGUCUUUCCAUGUGUUUCCUAUGCCGGCAAGGUAUCCUGAUGCAAAAACCCAAUUUCC